AUGCUACUCUUGCCGUUAUUGGCCGUAUUUAUCGGAAUAGCCUCUUCUAGCCUUAUUCCGGAUCAGAUAAUCCCCGCUCUAACCAUCAAAGAAGAGCCAACAGUGUCGUUAAAUAAAACCCAACCACAGCCUGGGAACGCGAUUAUCGGGGGUGGCGCGGCAAGAGAGGGUCAAUUCCCGUGGCAAGUCAUGUUCCGAGUACCAGUGCCGAAGGAACCGGAACAUCUGUGUGGCGGGAGUAUCAUUGGUGAUAAAUGGAUCCUCACCGCGGCCCAUUGCAACAUGGCUGCCGGCACGGAAAUGACGUACGGCACGUUGCUGUCGGAAAAAGGCGCCGCCAAUGCACUAACGGCACAGGUCGAAGCAUUCAUCCAGCAUCCAUUAUUCGGAGUACAUGGCGCCGGGGAAGAUCAUGAUAUUGCGGUUGUGAAGCUGACAGCCCCGCUCCAAUUCUCUUCUGCUGCCAGCAAGAUCAGCCUCCCCAACGACAACCAGCAAUUCUCGCAGCAUAACGGCGUUGUCACUGGAUGGGGAGCGCAUCUUGAUCCGAAUAACAAUGUGGUUGAUGAGGUGAGCCCGACGCUGCAGUUUGCUAUCGUUCCGUUGUACUCACUCGCCGAUUGUCA